AUGCCCUCUCUAUCUUCCACACUCUCAAGCUCCUCCACUGGCACUAUCGCUGCGACCCCCAAUAUAUCGGCUACCAUCGCUCCUUCAUCUACCAACAUCGCCUCACCCACCAUCAUCGCCUCAAAUACCAUCACUCCUUCAUCUUCUGGCUCUGGACCUGCAAAGCACUCGAAGUUGGACAUCGGCGCUAUGGUUGGCAUCAUAGUCGCGGUGAUUGCAUUUAUAUUGGCUCAUGUGAUGAUCCUUGUAUGGUGCCGCCGCCGUCGACGUGUGUCACGAGCAGCCCUGCGUCCCGAUGCGUAUACGCCGCAGAGAUCCGACUCCGAGUCGAUCAUCGCUACGGACACAAUGCACACCUGGCCUGUGUCGGCUUUCGAGCCACCUGAAGACGGCGCCGAUCCUAGAGACAUGAAGGGAUCGCGGUUCAGCGUGGCCACGGUAGCAAGCAGCAUCCCGGCGCCCACUAUCGUUUCCUCGGUCGAGGCGGAACUAUCUACACUUAAUAUCGACCCCCACACACAGCCUACGAUCCUAUCAGAGCUCCCCCACUCUGCCACUCCGACUUCCACCUCAGAAAUCGCCAAAACAUCUCAGAAGGAACCUCGAAACGUCAUACAAGAGGUGCUCGGCGCGCUCCGUGAAUCGCUGUCUUCCAGCCUCCGACAUGGCAACACUUCCGACGUUAAACCGCAGGAGGCUGUCCCAGGCCCUCCACCACGAUCGGUCCGUGCUAUACAACGUGGACGUCAAGGACGCCUCAGGGAAAUGGCGCUGGUGCUCGAGGAGGAUGGGGGUGUCCGCCUUGCAGGAGGCCCAUCGGACGAACCGCCCCAAGAGUUCCUCCCACCUCCGUACAGGAGAUAUUGA